GAGAGGUUCCUCGAAUUGGGACAAAACUUCAUACAUACACACACUCACACACACACACGUCCGCCAACGGAGGCGCGUUACAGUUAUGGAGUAACAAAGAAUUCCUAAAGAAAGAAGGAAGGAAGAAAGAAAGAGAGAUUUAAGAAAGAAACAAAAACGUUGAAAGAGACGAAAUGGAGAGUUUGGUGAAGACCGGAUUCCUUUUAUCGUUCCUGAUUUCCUGGGGCUCGUGCGCAACGCCGGAAAAGAAAGUGUGUCAGGGAGGGAACAACAAACUGACUCUGCUGACCACGGUAGACGAUCACUACCAGAACAUGGUGAAGAUGUACAGCAACUGCACCAUAAUCCUGGAGAACCUGGAAAUCACAUACACCAUGCCACACCAUAAUCUGUCUUUUCUCAAGACCAUUGAAGAAGUCGGAGGCUAUGUUCUCAUAGCUGUGAGCCAAGCGCCAGUAAUCCCGCUGGACAACCUGCGCAUUAUCCGAGGCCAUUCGCUGUAUGAUGAUGAAUUUGCCUUGGCAGUCCUGUCAAAUAAUGACCCGAACACAGGCAAAGGAGUGAAGUACCUGUCCCUCAACAGUCUCACUGAAAUACUCCGUGGCGGUGUGAAGUUUCACUGCAAUGCUCAAUUAUGUAACGCGGAAACCAUCCAAUGGGCCGACAUUGUCCACCUGAAGAGCAACCCUAAGAUAAUCGAACAUCAGAACGCUUCGAAAGCAGACUGCAAAAAGUGUGACAAAAGCUGUUACAAUGGCUCGUGUUGGGGUCCAGGUCCUGCAAACUGCCAGACUUUCACAAAGCUGACAUGUGCUGAGCAGUGCUCGGGAAGAUGUAAAGGCCCCAAACCCAGCGACUGCUGCAACGAGCACUGCGCGUCCGGCUGCACCGGCCCGAGACCUACAGACUGCCUGGCCUGCAGGAACUUCCAGGAUGAUGAUACUUGCAAAGAUGCAUGCCCUCCUCUUAUGCAAUACGAUCCCAACAGACACCAGUUGGUCCCUAACAAGCACGGGAAGUACAACUUCGGGGCCGCGUGUGUGAAGAAGUGUCCACGUAACUAUGUGGUCACAGACCAUGGCGCAUGCGUGCGAGUGUGCAGUCCUGGAACUUAUGAAGUGGAAGAAGACGGGGUCAGAAAGUGCAAGAAGUGUGACGGCCUGUGUCCAAAAGUGUGCCCUGGACUGGGAGAGGGUCGUCUAACUAACGUCAUGUCAAUCAAUGCUAGCAACAUUGAUUCAUUUGAGAACUGCACGACUAUCACUGGAGACAUCUCCAUUCUGAAGACAACGUUCGAAGGGGAUAGUUUUACCAAAACUCCCAAACUCGAUCCUGCCAGACUUGAAGUUUUCAAAACAGUCAAAGAAAUUACUGGCACUUUCCUGAUCCAGCAGUGGUCACCUGACUUGCCUUCUCUCAGCCCCUUCGAAAACCUAGAGGUGAUCCGUGGAAGAACCAAACACCACGGUACGGUGAGCCUGGGUGUCACCGGGACUUCCAUAACGCACCUGGGCUUGCGUGCUCUGCGUGAGAUCAGCGACGGCGACGUAGUCAUCGCAUCAAACCCCAAUUUGUGCUACAACAGUCCAGAUCACUGGAAACUCCUGUUUCAGACCGAGAAGCAGACCGUCCGUUCAUUGCAGGAAGAAAACUCCACUUUCUGUUUGGCGCUGAACCGUACCUGCGAUAAGAUGUGUACGCCUGACGGGUGCUGGGGUCCGGGGCCCACCAUGUGCCUGCGCUGCGUCAGCCGGACGCGCAAGAGAAGCUGCGUGGCUUCCUGUAACCUCCUGGAGGGCGAGCCACGUGAAUGUGAGGCCAAUAGGACGUGUCUGGAGUGUGACCCCGAGUGCAAGCCUCUGAACGGGAGUCUGUCCUGCAGUGGGCCGGGUCCCGACAACUGUAUGGAGUGUGUUAAUUACAAAGACGGGCCGCACUGCGUGUCGCGCUGCCCGCAGGGUAUCCCUGGGGAAAAGGACACCCUCGUGUGGAAAUACCCGGACAGCACGCGGGUGUGCCAGCUCUGCCACCCCAACUGCACGCAAGGAUGCACUGGACCAGAACUCCAAGACUGUAGAGGAACAAAUGACACGAGCACGUCGAUCAUCGCCGCCAGCGUGGUGGGAGGGCUCCUGGCGUUCGUCAUCCUCUGCCUGGCCGUGGCUGUGUUCAUCAGGAGACGCAGGAUCAAGAGGAAGAGAACGCUGCGCAGAUUACUGCAGGAGAGAGAGUUAGUGGAGCCUCUCACUCCCAGCGGAGAAGCUCCGAACCAGGCUCUGCUGCGUGUCCUCAAAGAGACAGAGUUCAAGAAGAUCAAAGUGCUCGGCUCCGGAGCUUUCGGCACAGUGUACAAGGGUUUAUGGGUCCCUGAAGGAGAAGACGUGAAGAUCCCCGUCGCCAUUAAGGUUCUGAGAGAGUCCACGCUGCAGAAAGCUAACAAGGAGAUCCUGGAUGAGGCUUACGUGAUGGCGAGCGUGGAACACCCCCACGUGUGCCGUUUGCUGGGCAUCUGCCUGACCUCUUACGUUCAGCUGGUGACCCAGCUCAUGCCCUACGGCUGCCUGCUCGACUACGUCAAGACGAACAAAGACAACAUCGGCUCACAGUACCUGCUAAACUGGUGUGUGCAGAUCGCGAAGGGCAUGAACUACUUGGAAGAGCGCCACCUGGUGCACAGGGACUUGGCCGCACGCAACGUGCUGGUAAAAACCCCUCAGCAUGUCAAGAUCACUGACUUCGGCUUGGCUAAACUCCUCAGCGCCGAUGAGAAAGAGUACCACGCAGACGGAGGGAAGGUGCCGAUUAAAUGGAUGGCCCUUGAAUCCAUCCUUCACCGCACCUACACUCAUCAAAGUGAUGUAUGGAGUUAUGGUGUGACCGUUUGGGAGCUGAUGACGUUCGGGACGAAGCCUUAUGACGGGAUCCCCGCCAAUGAGAUCGCAGGCGUCUUGGAGAAAGGAGAGAGACUCCCUCAGCCGCCUAUCUGCACCAUCGACGUCUACAUGAUCAUGGUCAAAUGUUGGAUGAUUGACGCAGAGAGCAGACCGAGAUUCAGGGAGCUCAUUGCUGAGUUUUCCAAAAUGGCUCGAGAUCCUACACGCUACCUGGUCAUUCAGGGUGAUGAGCGGAUGCACCUGCCCAGUCCCACAGACUCCAGAUACUACCGGAGUCUGAUGAGUGGCGUGGAUCUGGACGAGGCCGUGGACGCCGAUGAGUAUUUAUUGCCCAACCAUGGCUUCUUCAGCAGCCCCAGCACGUCUCGUACACAGCUACUGCACUCUAUGAGCCUGAACAGCAGCAUCGGGUCGUGCCAGAACAGGAACGGGACUCUGGUGCCGGUUCGUGAGAACAGCGUCAUGCUGCGCUACAUCCCGGACCCCACCGAACGCUUCCUGGAUGGAGAUUUCCAGCCUGCCCCAGAAUACAUGAACCAGCAGAAUGGCGCCGAUGUUGUCUCGGACAUGGCCAACCCCAUCUAUCAGCACCCUGCACGCGCCGCCCUGGACGAGACCGAAGAAGAUUACCUUAACUGCUUCAAAAACCCAGAGACUGUCACUUCUCCUAAACCCGGUCCUGAGUACCUAAACACCUCGCACUCUCAGCUCUUUUCCUCCCUCCAGAUGAGCAAAAAGCAGCCGAACGGGCACGGCUACAUCGCGCAGAACAGCAUCGACAACCCCGACUACCAGCAGGACUUCUUGCCAACGGGGACCAAGCUGAACGGGCAUCUCCCAGCCGCUGAGAACUCUGAGUACAUGGGUGUGGAGGUGCAUUAGCAGCGCGCUGAAAGUGUGCGGACUCUGUAAAAGUGACAGGACUGGACCCACGGAGGCGGACCCCACUGCAGUGCUUGGGUGGAGGCUCUGAUCUGCCGGGAAAUUGUUGGUUUAUUUGAGACUUUUUAUAGAGUUUUUACAUUCAUUUGGACGCUAGAUGGUGUGUCAGUCCCAAGCCGGUCUGCCACAACAGACUGCCAAUCAUUCUCAGAAUUGUAAUUCUAUUCAGACUAAAGUCUAACUACAUACAAGAUUAGAGCACUUCCUUUGUCAUUAGACUUUUUUGGGGGGGCAAAUUGUACGGCAAGUGUUCACGCUUGCACGAUUUUUUUCCUGCACCUGUGACUUUGAGUGUGAAAUAGUUAAAUACUGUAGCUAUGGUUACUAUUACAUACAGUAGUGACCAAGUUCUUUCAUUUUAGCCUUUUUUUUUCAUCGAUCUUAUCACCUGCCAGUUCCCACCCAUCAGCUAUCAUACAACAGCUAGUAAGCGGAGGGCGCGUAGGUCUGCUUUUGUAGAGAUAAACUCCCGGACACCAACGAUUGGCUAGUGGCACAGGGAUUGGCAGGAGAGAGAGAGAGACUAACUAACUCUAAGGCGAAUACUUUUAGCCGUUGAUUUGGCCUUUAUUUUAAUCAGAGGAGACAUUUUUAGAGAUUAAAGAGUAGAAGAUGAGCUUGGCAUGAAGCAAAAGUCUUUUUGAGAUCUCUACAUCCUAAACUCUUAACAAACGUAUCAUGUUACUUCCUGUUUCAAGACGUUGUGGCAGAGUGGACCAGUCCCCGGUGGACUUUCCGCCAGGAAUGCCUCACUAUUCGUUUUCUGAUUCUGGACCAUGCGCCUCUAUGGCCAUGAAUUCUGCAGGCUCCUCCCAAAAAACUCAUAUCUAAGGAUUCGGCCGAGCUUCUAGCUUGCUCGUUUUUGAUCUGAUCGGAACAUGUCGAAGGGGUCGGAAAAAUCAUGUCGAUUAAAAAUAAUCAUGAAAAUGGCCCUGAAAUCACUGCAAAAAAUCGAUCUAUUUAUAUAUACUGUAUAUGAAACAGAAAUUCUGUUUGGCCUGCCACCGGUGGCCGGUGUAACAGUAGGUGGUUCUAUUGAAUGUAACAAUAGGCAGCUCCACUGUUACCUAUUAUGUCAUAAUGAGAGGUGAUAAUAUAUCUGCUAAAAAAGUGGAAAAGCGUGAGGAGCGUCAGAGGUCUAUAUCGCUUUAUCCUGUAUAUACAGGCGCAUGGGAGGGCCUGGAGCCUAUCCCAGAAGACAUUGAGCACGGGGCGGAGUACUUGGAGGAAACCGACACCAAGCACGAGGAGAACAUACAAACUCCAUGCACACAGACCUGAGGUGGGAAUCGAACCCAGACCCUGAAGGUUCAAGGCGACAAGGCUAAUACACACUAAAGAAAAAAUUAUUUUGGUCCACUUUGGCAAAACCGUCAUUAUAUGCUCCAUUUUUUAAAUACACACAUGGAACUUGA